ACAGAAAUUUCGCCGACCUCGGGACGGCAAAAUCAUGUGACUUCAAAAACUAAUCAAACUAAUGUAUUUACCAAAUUUGAGGUAAGCGUCCCUACCAUACCUGUUCCUUCAACCCAUGUCUCUAAUUCUUCAAGUGAGACGAAUCCGGGCAAUAUUUCCAUAACUGAGGUAAGCAAUCCGCUCAAAGCUGAGGACGAUUUGCCCAAAUCUCAAGUAAGUAUACCAUCCACAUCUUCCAUAGGUAAUUCUAACGGAUCCCAACUCCCAAUUUCUAUCUUACCUGAAGAUCCCGAAGAGAAACAAAAACAUAUCAUUGGGUUGGUGUUAGAGCAUUUUCCUUAUCUAUCCUUGGAGUAUAGUGAGAGUUAUGGCGAUAGAUUUGUGUUUAAUAGUUCAGUACCUUGUCCCAUGUGUAAUAAUGAUCAUAAAGGCGAAAAUUUAAAGGGUGAAUGGGAUUCUGGUAUGUAUAUCGGAGAACGAGCUUAUUACCUUGAAUGCAAGAAAGCUUUUAAUAGUGGAAUCCCAAUAGUAUCUGUAAAAGCAUAG